AUGGAGGAAAAGAAGCGUUCAAGAGGGUGGUGUGGUUGGUUCAUAGUGUUGGUAGUUUUAGCUGCAAUCGCAUUGGGGAUUUACUAUACUUUGCGGCAAAAGAUACACAAAUCGGACUCGUCGGACGCUGCCCCGGUGCCUGGGCCGCCGGGCGCCGUCGCGAAGAAAUACGCCGAUGCUCUGAAGAUCGCAACCCAGUUUCUCGACAUUCAAAAAUGUACACUUCGUCUUCCUUAUGCCCUGUUAAUGGGGGACUCAGCUUUACGUGACGGACAUGAAGCAAAUUUGGAUCUUACCAAGGGAAUGUACGAUGCUGGGGAUCAUAUGAAGUUUGGAUUUCCAAUGGCCUUCACAGCCACUGUACUGUCAUGGACCAUCCUUGAGUAUGGGGACCAAAUGAAGGCUGUGAAUCAAUUGGAGCCUGUUCAGGGGUCGCUUAAGUGGAUUACCGAUUACCUCAUCAAUGCUCAUCCCACAGAUAACGUUCUAUAUGUACAGGUAGGCAGCCCAGAACUCGACCACGGAUGUUGGGAAAGGCCUGAAGACAUGACCGAAGAAAGGCCUCUUACACAGGUCAACACUUCCGCCCCAGGAUCUGAUGUUGCUGCAGAGACAGCAGCUGCUCUAGCAUCGGCUUCUCUUGUCUUCAAGACCACAAACUCUGCCUACUCAAGUUCGCUCCUGAAGCACGCGAAACAACUAUUUACAUUUGCGGACAAAUACAGGGCUUUGUACAGCAACAGUAUUCCGGAAGUGCAGACUUUCUAUAACUCAACUGGGUAUGGGGAUGAGCUGUUGUGGGCUGCCAGCUGGCUGUACCACGCGACUGGGGAGAGAUCGUAUUUCGAGUACGUAACUGGUCAGAAUGGAGAGGAUUUCGGUAAUUUUGGGAACCCAACUUGGUUUAGCUGGGAUAACAAGCUGGCUGGAACUCAGGUUCUGCUGUCCAGGGUCAGCUUUUUCGGGGCAAAAGAUGUAUCAAAUUCAAAUCUCCUCAGGAAGUAUAGGGAGUCAGCAGAGGCUGUCAUGUGUGGCCUUUUACCCAAAUCACCAACUGCCACCUCCAGCAGAACUGAUAAUGGUUUAGUAUGGGUGAGCCAAUGGAACGCUUUACAGCAUCCCGUGGCAUCAGCGUUUUUAGCAGUUGUCUACAGUGAUUACAUGCUCUCGUCUCGAACGUCAAGGCUAUCUUGCAGUGGGAGAAACUUCAGGCCCUCAGAUCUCCGCAAGUUUGCAAUCUCACAGGCUGAUUAUGUGUUGGGUGAGAACCCAAUGAAGAUGAGUUAUCUCGUGGGUUAUGGAGACAAGUACUCGAAGUUUGUCCACCACAGAGGUGCCUCAAUCCCGAGUGAUGCAACCACAGGCUGCAAAAACGGGUUCAGAUGGCUCGACUCAAACAGCCCGAACCCGAACAUUGCUAUGGGGGCUCUCGUUGGUGGGCCCUUUCUAAACGAGUCGUUUAUUGACUCGAGAAACAACUCGAUGCAGACAGAACCGAGCACGUACAACAGUGCAGUCAUUAUCGGUCUUCUCUCGGGAUUAGUCACCACUUCGUCUGUGGUUCAAUCUUUCGCAUAAGGAAAAAACGUACCCUUUCCCUUUUCGCCCCUCGUUUUUUACCUACUUAUUACUAGCCGUGCUUUGUUCUGGUUAUGCGUGGCAUUUACCUUAUCGUAUGUGUAAAUUCUGUUGUGGCUGUAAAUUUUGUAGUUAUGUUCUAAACUGAUGUAAUAUUCUACUGCAUGCAUGAGCCGUGUGUUUUGAAGCACUUUUGAAUUUUGAUACCUUUUUGAUUAUUUGAUGAUGCUCUUUUUGUUACGCCGACUAGAAUAAUAUAGCAUCAAGUUCCAAAAAGGUUGGGUCUUUUGAUUCCUUCAGCCAUCUUUCAAAAUUACAAUCAUCCCCUUGAUUUUUGUUCCAUUUCAAAGAAUUUUUGUUCC